AUGGGUCAUUUGAUUUUCACUUGUCAAUUUGCUUUCCUUCCUAAUAGGCAGAUAUUUGAUGGAGUGCUUGUGGUCAAUGAACUCAUUGAUCUGGCUAAAAGAAGCAAAGAAAAAAUCCUUGAUGUUGAAACUGAAGGUCUAGAGGAUUUAAUACAACCUGCUAUUGAUUUAAGCAAUUAUGAUGGCUUUAAAGUUAGUGAUGAUUUGCAGUUUCAUAUGUUACAGUUUGCAGAUGAUACAAUUAUUGUUAUUGUUAUUGAUGAUAGUUGGAACAAUGUGUGGGCAAUAAAAAUGGUGUUAUGUAGUUUUGAACUUGUCUCCAGUUUGAAAGUUAACUUCUUCAUGAGCAAGUUAUAUGGUAUCCCAGCUGGCGCUAAUCGUAGAAGAAAGUCUACAUGGAAUUCUAUUGUUGAUAUUGUGCGAAAGAGACUAAGUAGGUGGAAUGGUCGUCGUUUAUCUAUUGGAGGAAGAGUAAUUGUCAUUAAUUCGACUAUUAUAGAGGCUAUUGAUGAGGAUAUACUCUUUGAGCUAGUCAUAAGUUAUGGAUGA